ACCAGAGUGCAGUGUCUCACUGGUGUGGUUGGGUGUGGGAUUCAGUCUUUUUGAGCAUCUGUGUCCUCCAGCAAUGAAGUUCAUUUGUGUGACUCUGCUGAUUAUUAGUGGAAUUACAGAUUCGAGAUCAGAGCAGUAUGAAGUAGUGGGACCUGCAGGUCCUGUAUUUGUUGUAGCUGGUGAAGAUGUGAUUCUGCCCUGUUCAGUCAAACCCAACAUCAGUGUUGUGGACAUGAGAGUGGAGUGGUUUAGAUCUGAUCAGAAAGACUCACAACUAGUUCAUCUCUAUGAGGAUCGUGUAGACAAAAACACAGAUCAGAUUGAGUCCUACAGAGGAAGAACAAAACUGAAUCAUCAAGAACUACAGAGAGGAAACACAUCACUCAAACUCUCAUCAGUCCGAGUCUCUGAUGAAGGACUUUAUAAGUGUUUUAUUCAGUCCAAAUCCUGGAAUGAUGAUACCACUGUUAAUGUCAAGGUUGAAGCUGUAGGACGUCCUCCAGUGAUCACUGUAGAUGGGUUUGAUCAUUCAGGAGGACUUCAUCUACUGUGUGAAUCUGAAGGUUGGUAUCCUGAACCUGAUCUUGAGUGGCUGAACAGUGAAGGAGUCAGUUUGAGUUCAGAAACUACAGAGACACACAGAAAUGAAGACAGAUUCAGUGUGAAACACACCAUCACUGUAUAUGAGAGAGACAGCAAGAUUCACUGCAGAUUCAAACUGAAGCAUCACAUGCGGGAGACACUGAUGAUCACAACAAGUAAUAUGUUUAGUUCUUGGAGGACAUCAGUCAUCCUGAUUUCAGUUUUUGUUGUGCUCAGUGUGAUUGCUGGAAUAUUGAUAGCUGUGUUUGCUCAUAAAAACAAAGAACGCAUUCAACUACAGAAUGAACACAGUCAACUACAGAAUGAACACAGUCAAUUACAGAAUGAACACAGUCAACUACAGGAUGAGAAGAGGAGAAUACAACAUGCUGUGGAAGUUCAGGGAAAAUACCCGUUAAUGCCCGUUAACGAUGACAUUAAACACUGCCCCUUGCGGCCACGACUUCCUCUUCUUCGAACCUCGUCAAGCAGGCUGAACAGUAGGCCCUGA